UGAAUGCAGACGGACGACGGACAGCUACCUCUUCCAACUCCAACAAUCCAACAACCCACUUGUAUGCAUCGUCAGCCAUAGGCGCACUUCAUACAUACAGCAUCUGUUUCGAAACUCCCUCUUUUCGUCUGCUCUUUAUCUCCCUCUCCCUCGGCUCUACAAGCAACAACGCGCGACAGCUUUUCCCACCCCCUCACGCCAUCCCCGCCCCUUUUGCCCAUCAUAGGACGCCGACGCCGCGACAAACACGCCAAGGGCCGGCCCAACUCGAACCGCCCGCGGAACAAGAUGGGCAACGAAGAGUCCACCAUGCUGGACGACAGCGUCCAGCCCAAGACGCUGCAGGCGCGCACCCUCGACGCCAUCGCCGACUACAUCAAGUCCGGCCAAGUCAAGAAGAUCGCCGUCAUGACGGGGGCCGGCAUCUCCACCGCUGCAGGCAUCCCUGACUUCAGAUCUCCUGGCACCGGUCUCUACGCCAACCUUGCUCGCCUGAACCUCCCCUACGCCGAGGCCGUCUUCGACAUAUCGUACUUCCGCAAGCACCCCGAGCCCUUCUACUACCUCGCCAAGGAGCUCUACCCGGGCAAAUUCUACCCUACCGUCUCCCACGUCUUCAUCGCCCUGCUUGCCAAGAAGGGCCUGCUGCAGAUGAACUUCACCCAGAACAUCGACUGCCUCGAGCGCCGCGCCGGCGUCCCCGACGACAAGAUCAUAGAGGCCCACGGCAGCUUCGCCACCCAGCGCUGCAUCGAGUGCGCCACCCCCUUCCCUGCCGAACGCAUGCAGCAGCACGUCCAGGACGAGGUCGUGCCCAAGUGCGCCACCUGCGACGGCCUCGUGAAGCCCGACAUUGUCUUCUUCGGCGAGGCCCUGCCCGAGGCCUUCCGGGACAACACCCACCUGCCCGCCAUGGCCGAUCUGAUCAUGGUUCUCGGCACCAGUCUCUCGGUCUACCCCUUCGCCGGUCUGGCGGAGGCUUCGCGGUCCGGGGUCCCCCGCUUGCUGCUGAACAGGGAGCGCGUGGGACAGAUGGGCCGGAGAGCCGACGACGUCGUGGAGCUGGGUGCGUGCGAUGCCGGCGUACGCAAGCUCGCCGCUCUUCUCGGCUGGGCCGACGAGCUCGAGGAACUCUGGCGCGGCAUUGUUGGCGAGAAGGAGGCCGAGAGGCAGCUGGCGUCCGCCGCGGACGAGGGCGAGGACGAUCUCGAGGAGGAGAUCCGUAGGGUCACCGAGGGCGUCGAUACGGCCCUGAGGCUGGACGAUGACGAUGGAGAACCCGCCGAGAGGCCCGCGGAAGAAUCGGAGGAAGUGGGAUUCUCGUUGAGGCCAGACGGCGGAAGCGACACCGAGGAUGCGCACAGCAGCAUUCCCAAAGGUGUCGUCUCGCGGAUGUCCAAGGCUCUCCAGGGCGAGGCCGAGAUCGGCACCGACAUCAAGGACGACCGGGGCCGCGAGGGAAGGACCGUCAAUGGCUCCGAGGGCGCCCCCAAGGACGCCCUGGACUUCCGCGUCGAGGCCAAGAAGAAGAUCCAGCUCGCCGUCCAGGGCAUGGCCACCCCGCUCGACGAGGUCGCCAUCGUCUUCGACUCCCAGGCGCCCGUCGCCGAGAUCAAGGACGAGGACCCCAAGACUCAGGACCCCCUCACCGGCGUGUCGCGGUAUGAGCAGACGCCCGCUCCGGGCACGGAUGUCGACGCCGAGGGCUACGUCCCUCCCUCGAAGGAAGAGGGCUCCGGCCCUGAACCCGAAUCCAGCACAGCCCCCUCGACGACGACCCGAACCGAGACGUCAUCAGAGAAGAAGGAGGAGGAUUCACCGCCAGGAAGCACAAAGUUAUGAUGAUGCAUCGUCUGCUUACAGCAUUCCUUCCACCUUAACCUUAAGCGAUCUGGAUAUCACGACUGAGCAACAAUGACGGUUGCUAGUCUUCCUUCUUUCCUUCACCUAUACCCACACUGCAUUGGCUACACCACAUCGUAUAUACCAAUGACUGCAUUUACCGUGAUUCAAGUUCAGCAUGCGUUCGGGCGCACCUCUUCGGAAGUCACUCCAUCCGUUCUUCGAACCCCAUUUCAUGAUGAGCCGCCCUGCGGCAGGGGCGACAGUCGAGACCAAUGGACCGGCAACCGUUCCCUUACCCCUCGCCCUGGGACUUUAUGACUUUGUGUCACGUAAUUUGGAGUGAUACCAUGUAGUUCAGUGGUAUCUCUUUCGGGGGGUUUACCGGUUCAUUAUGUUGGUAGAGUGCCAGGUAACUCUUGGAUCCCCAGUGGGUGACCACCUGUUUGGCCAAUUGCCCGCGCUCAAUACAACCAAGCAUAACCAACAGAUUCCUCUAAAACGUUCGGUGGGGUAUGUCUAAUUACUUGCGUAUGUGGAGGAGUUAUGUCAGUGAAAGUCGUGAUAUGAUGCUGCGGCGUGGGAAGAGGGGAUCCGGUAGACCACGCGGAGACAUCACCCAGCCAGGGGGGAGAAGACCGGGGGCGUCCGCUUUGUAUGUGUAGUACGAGCAUUUGCAGAGCGUCAACACGAAUCACAAGGUCCAACCGUCAAGGUCGUCCCGCAAGGCGACCAUGAGUGGUAUUUCCUUCGAGAUUGACCAUGAUGCAGUUGGGAA